AAGCACCUGAAGCGCGUAGCAGCUCCAAAGCAUUGGAUGCUGGAUAAACUGACUGGUGUGUUUGCUCCUCGUCCAUCUACCGGUCCUCACAAGCUGAGGGAAUGUCUCCCCCUAAUUAUUUUCCUAAGGAACAGACUUAAAUAUGCCCUAACAGGAGAUGAAGUAAAGAAGAUCUGCAUGCAGCGUUUCAUUAAGAUUGAUGGCAAGGUCCGCACCGAUAUAACCUACCCUGCUGGUUUUAUGGAUGUCAUCAGCAUUGACAAGACUGGAGAGAAUUUUCGUCUGAUCUAUGACACCAAGGGUCGCUUUGCUGUUCAUCGUAUUACACCUGAGGAGGCCAAGUAUAAGUUAUGCAAAGUGAGAAAGAUCUUUGUGGGGACAAAAGGAAUCCCUCAUCUGGUGACCCAUGAUGCUCGCACCAUCCGCUACCCUGAUCCCCUCAUCAAGGUGAAUGACACCAUUCAGAUUGAUUUGGAGACUGGCAAGAUUACUGAUUUCAUCAAAUUUGACACUGGUAACCUGUGCAUGGUGACUGGAGGUGCU